AGGACGACACAUCACUGGCGACUACUACAGCCGGGAAAGGACAAACCUGUGCCGUGCUAUCCCACGUGUGUGUGUCAUUCAUGCUAGACUUCUGUUCACUGAAUUAGGAUUAAGAUGAACUCGAAGACAAACGGAGAAGAAGACGGAGACUCCGUGUUUCUCGAACACGUCCUGGAUAAACUCUACGACUUUGGUAACGGACCAGCAUCCAAAAAGAAGCUCAAGUCUCAGAAGAAGAAGAAGCGAAAAAGAUACGAGGAAGAGGAGGACGAGGAAGAGCUGCCUGCGGUGAAGGACGUCCACAGUGACGCUGAAGACCGAGUGGAUCAUGUCGGUAUUGAACUCCAGCAGAAACAACCUAAGACUGAACAAACAGGUCCGAGCUCUCGACAGGUGAGCCAGGUGGAAGUCGUGACAUUUCAAGACCCCAGAAAGAAACUGAAAACCAAGCAGACGCCGACCCUCGACAAAGCGCCCAACAAAGUGCCUGCCCCUCAGACGACGGCGAAGAAGCAAAGCAACGAGCUGGAAGAACUCAGUUUGGAAAAGGCUCGUCUCGAGGUCCAUCGCUUUGGAAUCACGGGUUACAAGAAGGAGCAGCAGCGAGUUUUUGAACAGGACAGAGCGGUCAUGCUCGGAGCGAGACCUCCUAAGAAGGACUACGUCAACUACAAGGUGCUGCAGCAGCAAAUCAAAGACAAGAAGCAGAAAGCGAAGGAGGAGGUUCAGCCGGACCUGAAGAAAAAGAAGAAGCAGAGUAAUCCAAGGGACAGGAAGAAGAAGGUGUCCUCUGGUUCUGGUUCUGGCGUGGCCCCCACAGGUCAGGUGGGCCGCUUCAAGAACGGCAUGCUGAUCCUCAGCUCCAAGGAGAUCCAGAAAAUCAAAGGCAACAGGCGCGGCAAAUAGGUGAGCCGGUAAAUCCUUCCAGGAUGGGAAAAUACAAGAGGAAGAGGAAGAACCGGCAUCUAUCAGCUGACUCAGCUCACCGCAGGACUUUGUUUGCGGUGCCGCGAGGAGAGCUGAACGCGACGUGAGCUGAUUUCCAGAUGCACCGGUCUGCAGUAAAAUAUGAGACCGCGUCGCCGCCGACAGACCGCUGAGUCAAGAAAUCCAAUUUAUCGAUCUCAAUAAUGGAACCUGAACCACGGCAGGACAUAAAAGCACGAAAGUGGAGACUCUGUCGAAUCAUUUUCCAUCACAGUUAAUUUAUUUGUUUUUAUAAAUGACAA